GUUUAGUCAACGUCCGGCAUUUAAAUACAAACGACGCGAAGAGAUACGGCCAUCAUAAUUUAAAUAUAAUUCUCGAAACGAAUAUUGCAUAUACUUGUAUACAUGUUCCGACCACAACAAAAUAUAUAGUAAAGAAUUUAGAUAAAAAUCAAGGCAAAAUGGAUUAACUUUGAGAAAAUAUACGGAAUUUGUAGAAUAUUUUGGUUAAGAUAAUAUCUCUUAGAAUCCAUUGGAAAAGCCUUUCAAAACAGUGCAAAAAUGACGUCACCAAAGGUAAACAAAACAAUUGUAAGUGCCGACGCAGUGCUCACCGAUUGGGAUGGCCAUAUAGCUUUGAUGGAACAACCCGAUUUAUCCACAAUACCACCAUAUAAUGGCAAUAGCCCUAAUGGUCAAAAUACUAAAACCGAGGAAUCGAAGGAAAACAAAGAAACCAAUGGUGAUAAAGAAAAUGGAUAUGCACAGCAACAGAUGGGUGCGUCAAAAGAAAGUGAUAGUGAAUCAAGUGAUAGCAUCCAAUCGAUGUCAUUGAAAAGUGAAGAUGAGGCGAAAAGUUCUGAUUCCGAUGGACCUGCCUGCUCUACAAAACCUGUUGCCUACACAAGUCUGAGUACUAGUACUUCGGAGGGUCGUGAGACCUUGGGAAUAACUACGGUUUUGGGUCGUCACACCAGCACAGAUGCAAUUAGCCGGCCACCACUCUCACGUGGCGGUUCAUUUUAUCAUCCCCUGACAACAGGGUCUUCCAUUGUGGCUGUCAGUAUGACUGAGAUUUUAAAUGAAGACUAUCAGAAUGAACCGACCUCGGCCAUACUGGACUAUUGUAAGCGGACGUUCUUACGCCCCUACAUGAUCAUUUUAUCGCUGGUUGGUCUAAAUCCCAUAUCGACGGACACCACCAAAUGUCGUUCAUUUUUAAGUUAUUUUCAGUGUCUCAGCCUGGUGGUCGUCCUGAUAUUCGGUUAUUUUCUCCAGUAUUUGUCAUCGUAUCGCGGUGAUCGUGGCUUUUCAACAAAUCUCAAGAGUCUUCAUUUAACCGAUGAAAAUGCCUCUCUGGCAUCUCAGCCGGAUUACAAUGCCUCACAAACAAUUGGUGAAUUGAUUUUUGGCUAUGUCAUACCAUUUUUGCUGGAUUUGGCCGGUUAUGUGUCGGCCAUCAUAUGCUGCAAGUUCAUUGACCAGGAACAACUGCAGAAUCUAAUCGAACGCACAUUUCUCAUGUCAAUGCAACCGAAACGUUUGUGUCGCAUCCUUUGGCUGCACAUUGCCUUGGCUUUCAUCAUUUUUGGCUGCCUCUAUGCAUACGUCGUUCCGGUGGUGGUGAUGCAGCCCACCAUUAUCAAGGUCAAGUGGUUGUCUCACAUGGAAACUGAUCUGGGGCUAUCUGUAAAGAUACUUCUCUUACUCACAAUUGCUGCUCAAGAUAUUAUAGAGAUCAUCAUAUUGAGUAGCUACUGUAUCGAGUGUUAUCUGCUGAAAAUCCAUUUGAUGACUCUAUCACAAAAGUUGCUGCUGCAUUCAAUAGACUCUCUGGAUUGGAUGAGAGAAAUUCUGGAAUUUCGUAAACUAUUGGAUCGCCUCAACAACCAUGUCUCCAUACCGGUGUGCUUUUUCAUUGUCAUGAAUUUGGCAUAUGCCUUUGCCGGUUUCAUUUUUAUGUUCAAAGAUUUCGAUUUCCAUUAUUCAGCAUUGAAAAUUGUUAUUUUGAAUUUUAUAAAUGUGGUGCUGUGGCUGCUGCUGGGCCUAAUGCCAUUCUUUAUGGCCUCGUCGCUGACACAUGCCUGUCAAACGGUCAAAGGCAAUGGACAUUUUCUGCGUGUCCGACCAUUCCUAUAUCACAAUACCUCAACAGAUGAUCUCAACUCGAUGCUAAUGUUUGCCUCAACGCUGGAUAUGUCUGCGAAACUAUUCCGGAUGCCAAUACAAUCGAAUUAUCUAUGUUUUGCCAUAUUGGUGUUAUCAAUUGUGGUGCUAACGAUGGGAAUGUGUUUCAAUUUGAGUCUCUUGGGAAUGUUUUAGAGAUGAAUGGAUUGCGCUUUCUUUUUCAUAAAAACUGUGUUUAUUUUGUUAUUUCGGAAUAGAAUAAGUAUUAUGUUUUGCUAAACACAUUUCCUCUCAUUGUAUAUAUGUAUAUGUAUGUAUGUUUAGUAAAGCAAAGUGAUAUAUUUUACAAUACAAAUAUGUUAAGUACAAAUAAAAGAAAUACAAAUUGAAAAAAGUGCGCACAUGCA